GUUGUGAGCGCGGAGGCGCGCACGCGGGGCCCCUGGCCGCGCGCAGCCGCGGUCUCCCUAGUUGUGUCCCCUCAGCCGCGGUCGCCGUCGCUCUCGACGCGGUCGUCCCCGCCGAGCCGCGGGCGCCGCCGCCGCCGCCGCCGCCGCAGGGAGGGAGGGAGCGGCGCAGCGGCCGCCGCCGUCCGAGGACGCCCCGUAUUCCGGGGCCCAGGCACCGUGGCUGCCGGCUCGCCGAGCGCAGCCCGCUGGGGAGGAAGGCGGCGGCUCGCGUCCUGUGGGCCGCCGGAGCCGGGAGGAGACCAUGUCCGGGAAGCACCCUCCGCUCUCCACGACCGAGCGCGUCAUCAAAGCUGUCCCCUUUCCUCCAACACAACGGCUAACUUUGAAGGAAGUAUUUGAGAAUGGGAAACCUAAAUCAGAUGUUUUGAAGAACCAUUUGGUGAAAGAAGGCCGGGUAGAAGAGGAGGUAGCCUUAAAGAUAAUCAAUGAUGGGGCUGCCAUCCUGAGGCAAGAGAAGACUAUGAUAGAAGUGGAUGCUCCGGUCACAGUGUGUGGUGAUAUUCAUGGACAAUUCUUUGACCUGAUGAAGUUGUUUGAAGUUGGGGGAUCACCUAGUAAUACUCGCUACCUCUUUCUGGGUGACUAUGUGGACAGAGGCUAUUUCAGUAUAGAGUGUGUGCUGUAUUUAUGGAGUUUAAAGAUUAACCAUCCUAAAACAUUGUUUCUGCUUCGAGGAAAUCAUGAAUGCAGGCACCUUACAGAGUACUUCACCUUCAAACAGGAAUGUCGGAUUAAGUAUUCAGAGCAGGUGUACGAAGCGUGUAUGAACACAUUCGACUGUCUUCCUCUUGCUGCUCUCUUAAACCAGCAGUUUCUCUGUGUACACGGAGGAAUGUCACCUGAAAUUACUUCUUUAGAUGACAUAAGGAAAUUAGAUAGGUUUACUGAACCUCCUGCUUUUGGGCCAGUGUGUGACCUGCUCUGGUCUGAUCCCUCAGAGGAGUAUGGCAGUGAGAAGACCCUGGAGCAUUAUACCCAUAACACUGUCCGAGGCUGCUCCUACUUCUUCAGUUACCCUGCAGUUUGUGAAUUUUUACAGAACAACAGUUUAUUAUCAAUAAUCAGAGCCCAUGAAGCCCAGGAUGCUGGGUACCGAAUGUAUAGGAAGAGCCAAUCAACGGGCUUUCCAUCACUCAUUACGAUUUUCUCUGCCCCUAAUUACCUCGAUGUUUAUAACAAUAAAGCUGCAGUGUUGAAAUAUGAAAACAAUGUCAUGAAUAUCAGGCAGUUUAACUGUUCCCCACACCCCUACUGGCUCCCAAAUUUCAUGGAUGUUUUCACAUGGUCUUUGCCUUUCGUUGGAGAAAAAGUCACAGAGAUGCUGGUCAAUAUUCUCAACAUAUGCUCUGAUGAUGAACUGGUUUCAGAUGAUGACUCAGAAGGAGCCACUUCCGUUCGAAAAGAGAUCAUCAAGAAUAAAAUCAGAGCCAUUGGGAAAAUGGCACGGGUCUUUUCGGUUCUUCGGGAGGAGAGUGAGAGUGUGCUAACCCUCAAGGGCCUCACCCCCACAGGGACCCUCCCCUUGGGGGUCCUCUCUGGAGGAAAGCAGACCAUUGAGACUGCCACAGUCCAAGCGGUAGAGGCACGGGAAGCCAUCAGAGGGUACCCAGCCAAGAUCCGAAGUUUUGAAGAAGCCCGAGGUCUAGACCGAAUUAAUGAGCGAAUGCCACCCCGAAGAGAGGGUGGGCAUCCCGAUGGGCCACUGAAGAUGGUCCACCCACACGCUGCACGAAGGAGCGACCACGGAAAGAAAGCCCUGAAAUGACUCACAGCCCUUGCAGCAAAGAUGAGUCCCAACCCCGCGAUCAAAUCGCGUUUAUUUAUUAUUGGAAAUGAAACAGAAACAACUCAAACAACUUAAACUUGCAGGUGCAUUUGUAAUUCAGUCGAAUUUAUUCUGUAAGAAAGGUGACCAUUUUAUAAAUUCUUUUAAUUUAUGUUCAAUAUAUAUAUAAAGUACUUCUGUUUUGUUCCCUGCC